GCUCCUAUUGGUCACCGUGUGCCAAACAGUUUGACGGUGGAGCAAAAAGUUCCUAAGCAACGUUGGUAGGCGGCGGACUGCCUCUCACACUUACCCCUCCGCGAACGAGAGGCCGAGUCUCAUGGGAGCACCGCCUACGUAUUCACUAGUUUAUAUUUCGUCGGUACCGCCCCAUUUCCUCAUAUAGUGAAGUAAAGUACUGCAGGUGAAGGCAGCGCACCGCCGGCAAAGAUGUCUCUAGCUCAGCAGUCCCAGACCUGGUUCCCUACUCACGUCCAGGUAACCGUAUUACAGGCUAAAGGCUUGAAGCCCAAAGGCAAAGCGGGCAGCAACGAUGCGUACGCCAUCAUCCAGCUGGGCAAAGAGAAGUACUCCACCACUGUGGCCGAGAAGAGCCAGGCUCCCGUGUGGAAGGAGGAGGCCACCUUCGAAGUGCCCCUGUUACACAAUGAUAACCAGGAGCGCUGCACCGUGAGAGUUAUAGUUAUGCACCGAGCCCUGGUGGGGAUGGACAAGUUCCUGGGGCAGUUGGAGCUCAACCUGUGGGAGUUGCACCAGAGCAGGAACAGGAGGAAAGUCCAAUGGUACCCAUUGAGGUCAAAGCCUGGGAAAAAAGAGAAGGAACGUGGUCAGAUAGAGGUGGAAGUCCAGUUCAUGAGAAAUAAUAUGACGGCUAGCAUGUUUGACCUCUCAAUGAAGGAGAAAUCCCGCUCAACUCUAGGAAAAUUAAGAGACAAGAUUAAGGGAAAAAAACAUGAAGGUUUUCCAGAUACUGCAUCAGCCAUUGUUCCCAGCAUGAAUCAGUAUGACAGUGAUGAGGAUAUGCCAGCAGCAGAAAAAAAGAAAUCUAAACUGAAGAACCUGUUUUCAAAGCCAGGAUUAAAGAAGAACUCUAUUUCUCAGUCCAUGUCUGUCCUCCCAACUUUUCCACCAUCUUCAUCUCCAAAGACUGUGCUAAGGCCUGCUGAGUUUUCAUCAGAUUUCACUCCUCCAACAGGGUCUCCAGCAUCUGAAAGACGAUUUCCUCAUCUUCCUGUGAUCAUGACUCACAAAAGAACAGUUAGUGCUGAUACCAGCCAGCUGUCCAGUAAUAAGAAGGAAGGAUUGUCAUUGUUUAGUGGAAUGAAGCCAAAGAAUGAUCCCAUCACCAGAUCCAAUCUAUGCAUCAAUGGGAAUCACGUAUACAUGGAAGAAUCUGAAACAAGAAGUGAGAGUCCCAAAGACAGCUCCCAAACAAACUCCCCACAGAUCGUCCGCAAAAAUCCACUUUAUGCAUCUGCUGAAAACCUGUCUUCCAAAACACCUAAAGAAGCAAAAAACAGCCUUUUUCCAGAGAAAGAACAAACACCAGCUGCCUCAAAUGAUUCUCUUAAAUCCUCAACAGUGUCUGCUUCUCAAAAUUCCAAAUCAGAGGAACCUAUAUCAAAGACCCCACCAUUGCCUUCAGAUGUGCCAAAAGAGGCAAAAGAUAACAAAAAGCAAGAGAAUAAGAAGUCAUCUCUUCUUUCCUUGGUGACUGGCAAAAAAGACACUCCUAAAGUCCCUGAGAAUGAGUCUUCUGUUGCGCCCUUAAAAGGGGAUAUGUCAAAAGCUACUGGCGAUAACAAAAAAAUAGAACAGUCCUCAAUUAAUGUCACCAAAAAGACUUCAUUGAAUCCCUUUGAAGAUGACAUGGAAGAAGAAAAGAAGCCAGAACCACUUCCCACCUCAGCAAAGACCUCAGCUGUAAAACCCAGACUGGACGUGUCUUCAGAGGCUGAAACCAAAGCCAAGCUUUCUUCUUCAUCUCUUUCUAACUCUGCUGCAUCUAUUUCUGGUGGCCAGGAUGGUGUGCCAACUUCUUUGCCUGAUUUUCCUACUGCUUCCAAUGCCCCAUCUUCUCCUUUAGAACACUACCUAAGUUUACAAUGUGACAACAAAGUUGAAACACCAGUAGAGUCAUAUACUGACUAUGAGACACCUUCAGUGCCUUUGUUCUGGAGGUCAGGUUUGUCACAGAGUAAACAGCCUGAGCCUAGGGAGGUUCAUGUUGUUGAACCGUUCAAUGAAAAAACCAAAGAGAGAAAGACUUACGUCAAAUCUCUUCUUGACCAGCUGACACGCAAGUCACCAACUAAUAGUGUGGCUGAUGCCGAUACCGUUGAUGUAGAUUUGGUUAAGGGAGUUUUCCCUAUACAAGAUAGCUCUCCCUUUGAUGACAUUCCACAUACAGAUACAGAUAGUCUUGAGAGUGAAAAAAGUGAUGUGCAGUUAACUAAAACUUUAAAAGAAACUCCAAAACCAGCCCCCAGAACACAGUCUGCUCCUAAAAAACAAGAACCAAAGGAUGAAAUUAAACCAGUACCACCAAAACCAGCACCUAGAAGUGCUACUAAAGUAAAUAAAGCUGCUGAUGACUCUGCGCCUGCAAGCUCUACUCCACCAGAAAAGGCACUGGAUACAUAUUCCAACCAGGAGCUACAACAGGCUUCUAAUGUUGGUUCUUCACUGAACAGUGGCCAGGCAAUAACUGAGGUAAAGAUGGCAACUCCAAAGAUCAGCGAAUACAGUUUAAGGCUAGAUGAACUUCCAGUGAUUCCAGAGAAUCCAGAAGGAACCUCAGAUGAUGAGCAGCUUGAAACCAAAGAUGACAUCUUUUCCAGUCAUUCGUCCAACAAAUCAUCAAGUGCUGCAGCUACCAGAGAAACAAAUCCACAUCUCAGUGUGCAGAAAAACAGUCUUCCAAAAACAAAUGAUGAGGUUGAUUUUGCUUUGGAGCAAAAGAAUGAAAAAAAUAGAAAUCCUGAAUGUGUGGAUAAGAUAAAUGCAUCUGACGCAAUUAAAAUUAGCACUGUCAGCUUGGAAAGCCAGGGUAGUGAUAAAGCAAACCACUACACACCUAUUAACUCUUCUCUUGGCUAUUCUUCUCCCACACCUGCUUCCCUUCCAACUGAUAAAUGUACCACUCCUAGUGCCGACCCCCCGACAAAGCCAGCCAUUGAGGGUACUGAUAAAGUGGAUAGCUCUGGCAAAAAGAAGCUUCUCCGGGCAUGGGUUUCACCCUCUGAGACACAUCCAAUCCCUACAGUGCAGAGUGGUGGAACAGUGUCUUCCAGGAUAAGGACAAAUCCGGUAAAGCCCAUGAGUGCAACACAAACCAAAACUGUUUCUGGGUUCUCUCAGCCAAUCAAAAGCCACGAUGUUGCUAUAAAGAAAUACGACCCUACAGACCCUGCGGCCGCAUACUCCCAGCUCACUCACGAUGAGUUAAUUCAGCUGGUCCUGAAGCAAAAAGACAUCAUCUCAAAGAAAGAAGUCCAAAUGCGGGAACUGGAGGAUUAUAUUGACAACCUGCUGGUGCGGAUUAUGGAGGAGACGCCCAGUUUACUACAGUCUAUAAACAAGAAGAUGGGCAAGUGGUAAAUUUGUGCAGAUGGACACAUUUUCUCCUAAUGUAGGUCAGUGAGCAUUGUGGUGGGACAAACCUUGCUCAGUCAUGUUUUGGGAAGAGCUUUUGUGUUUGGGCUAUAUGGAUGCCUGAUUGCUUUAAUAUGAAGUACAGUAAGCAAACAUGUUUUUUAUUCUGACAUAUUUAUGCUGUACUGAUUGCAUCUCACACAGCCAUUGCAAAUGUUGUCAUGCAAUGAAGGCUCUGGAACCCUAUGGAUAGUGUUAAAUAAACAUAGACCUAAAAAUGCCUAUAUGUGCUGCCUCUUGUCCAUGGGCCUCCAGUUACACAGCCCAGGCUAAAAAAAAAUAAAUUAAAUGCCAAAUGCUCUUAUUUACUGUCAACCAGGGAGAGGCAAAUGUAAAUCUGUGGGCUCUUACUGCUUUAUUUUGGCUUUGAGCCCUUGGCUCUGACAGCUAAUUUCCUGGGUUACUGACUCAGGUAAUGCAAGGAAAUUCUAACGAUACUUUAUAUCAUGGCUAGACCAGUCCACUUGGUGCCUGUAGUAGCCAAGGAUGCCCAGCCUGCUAGCCCACCAUUUAUUAUUGAAUUAAUGUUUCCACCACCCCAACAAAGUAGUUUUAUGUUUGGACAAAUAUAUCUUCCAGGGUCCACAUAUGGCCACAUAUAUGGUUUUUUAUGUAAUAAUUUGAAGGAAAAUUUAAAUAUCACUGAUGUCAGAUUCUCCCUGUAUAGACUCCCAUAGGCAGGCCUUUGCUGGUAAUACUGCUCCGUGCUAAAGGCUGUGAAAGACAUCAGGCAAUGUUACACUACCUGUAUGUGUUUUCUGCCAUUUUUUUUUUCAGUGUAUUCAUAAUUGAGGUGGCUUUUCAAAUGACCUUUUAUCCUUUUAAGGUUAAUGCAGACUUCCAGACUAUAUGCAAAAGAGAUGUCAGUUGUAUGUAAAAUGUAUCUCCUUCCACUUGUGCACUACAAAUCCUAGCAUCAUAAGCGCAUCAUAAGCUAUAGCCCCUCUCUGGCCCCAAACAUGGCAUUUCCUUAUACAUUGAAAUUGUAACUGUGUAUCUGUUAGAUUUGAGUUAUCCCCGCUGAAUUGUUUUGUAAUCUGUUGGGAAAGAUCUGAAAGGCUCCACUCUCAGAAUAACAUGAGCAGGUUUGGUGCAUAACCCAGACAAUGUUGUAUGUAUAGAAAUGUGUGUAAAAUAUUUAUAUUUUUGUGCCUUGUAUACUGUAAAUUGUAUUUCUCACUUGUAUCAGUUAUAUAACUGGAUUAGAAACUUUCUGCUCUUUUCUGAAAUGCUUUGUACAAAAAAGAAAUAUAUAUUUUAAUUAAUCAUUUAAAUAUAUAUAUAUUUAUAUGUACUUAAACAUAAUUUUGAAAUGAACAAAAAUAAUUGACCAUUAAAGCACUGCAGAGUGUACGUAAAUCAGGUAUGAAUGACACACAGACAAUCUGACACGUGAUUUUAUUAAAUCUCUUAGAUUCACAAAUGAUUCAAGUCAGUAUAUUUAUAUCGCAUUUAGAUAAGAUUCCUUUACAUAUAUCGCCCUCACAUAGAACCCCAGGCCUAUUUAACAUUAUGCCUCAAAUAAGUGUCUCUCUGGGUUGCUUUACAGGAGACUGUAGCCUAGAAUAGGCCUUGAUACAGGAUAGAGAAUGAGUUAACUGUCUCUUCUGCAGUGGCAUAGAACUAUGUAAUAUAUACUUCUAUAACAUAGGAUGGUUGGCUAGUAAAAGAACUGCUCCCUGUAAGCUGCAUGGCAUGGGGAUCACAACUAUUUUUCCAUGACAAAGAUCCAUAGAUGCAGCACACAGACUUGACACAUCUCUCCUGUCGCACCCUUCCCUCCCAUUGCCAAUUAACAUUUACCCAUCCCUGUGCCUUAUAUAAUAGCUUAGUUGGCAUCAUAUUUUGCACUGAAAAUUCUCCUACCAGGCAGAGGAUAUUUAGACAUGUGAGCCACCCCGGCUGGUAUCGGCUUUAUUCAUGUUCAUUUUGGUUCAGUGGUGGCUUUGUUACUUUAAUAAAUCUUCAGAGGGCUUAGUGCUAGCUACACUGGCUCCUAGACCAUCUCGCAGCACUUUAUCAUUAAGUUAAAUAUUCUAAAUACACUGGAUUUUUUUAAAGUUGGUCUGAAAUAUUUAUAAUCUAGAUUAUUUUGAAUCUGGAAAAUAAAAACAAUAUGUAUUCACAAUG